AUGGUGGUACAAAUUCCUAAUCCUGUUUGGACUACAGGCUACAAGAAUGGUGUGCAGCCGUUAGUCACAAGCACAGUAAGCUCACCAGUGUCGACCAGCUCGGGGACAUUCCCAAUGGUGGUGAGCUCGGCUACCUUGUCAGCGGUGAGGUACGAUGACUGCACAAUGUGCCAGAAAAUACUGCCGCAUGCCCAUUCGGAUAACAUGAUCAAGGAUCAGGGAAAUCCUCGUGCAGUGAAUUAUCCUGAUUCUGCUCCGGUAUUUUACAGCCUCCAUCAACAGAAUGCAACCAACCAGCAUGUUCCAGGCGCAAGUGCAGCAACGCCUGCUAGUUAUAUACCAGAACCAAGAGCAGAGACUAAACCAGGGAUGGCCCAGUUUGAUCAAAAACAUUCUGCCAGGAAUCCUGCAGUGCAAGCAACACCAUCUCCUGCCGCAGGAGCGAUGGCUCAACCCACCAUGGUUACCGUACCAGUUACUUCAAACGGAGUAUUUGUCGGGCAUCCUCCAUACUCCCGUGCUGAAGAUAAUUUCACAUACCAGCAUCCGCAGCAACCCAUUUAUAUUAUGCAGCCAUCACAAGGUCUGGCGAAUGGAGUUGGUAGCAAUCCACAGAGGAUUGAUGCUACUGAAUAUAAGAAUUCAAAUCACCCAGUAGCAGACCCACUUAGAGGAUAUGCCCGUGAUAUUCCUCAAGAUUAUUCUGGACCUAUCGAUGCUCGGAUGCAAGGACUUAACUUAGGUCCCAUUGCCCCUCCAGAAUCUGUUGUGCAAGGAAACUCAGCUAUUCCCCAUGGUGCCGUUGGUGGCAGGAAAAUUGAUAAUCCACCUGCGAUUAUGGAUGGUGGUCCUGUCUACAAAUCUCAAGCUGGAGGGUAUCAUGUGGGCAUUAACAGCGCCUUUCCCAUUCCUUCUUUUAUCCCAGAGGACAAUCUUGUGAGGCAUACUGAACAACCACCUCCCCUUCUGAAUGUUGCCGCACAAAAUGUCCAUCCUGAGAUAAUCCAGCGGCCAAAUAUGUUACCCAGUGUUCCUGUCUCCAACAACCUUGGUGUAACCAUCGAACAGCCUGUUUCAAGUGAAACAUUUCUUGUGAGACCUGCUUACUCGGGUGUUCAGGUUCCUGCUGGGCCUCCUCCAGUGCAUCCCGUGGCAAUGCUGAAUCACAUGAUUUCUGAUCCCCAUACUGUUAGUAGUCAAGUUGUAUUGCAGGAUGCUGCUGGUACUGAACGUGUCGAAGCUACACGUGAACCAACUUGCACCGAAUCUCUAUUCUCAAACCAGGAUCCUUGGAAAGCACUUGGAACUGCUUCUGUAGUUCCCCCAAAACCAAACAAGUUGGCUAACGGACCUAUUGUUUCUGGAUAUCCAUAUGUGGAGGGCCAUGGUCCUGGAAUCACCAGUUCAAAUGCGGUCACACUGUUAGAAGGCAAUCUUUCACACAUUCAAGAUCCUACUUUCAAGGAUAUCUACCCAGAACCUGCUCAAAUAAGCAAAGGAUACGGAGAAGAAAGUAUCAAACGUCAGUUACAAGCUGUUGCUGAAGGCGUGGCAGCAUCUGUUCUUCAGUCAUCUUUUCCCGAGAAACCUACCAAAUCCUCUGGGGAUCACAUAGAUGCACAUGGAGCUGUAGUUGAGGUUGGUGAAGAUACGUCGAACAAAGAAUCAGACAAAACAAGUCAAGGAGUUCCAAUUCUAGAUGACAUUGAUAACCUUCAGAUAAUAAAGAACAGUGAUCUUGAAGAAUUGCGUGAACUGGGUUCUGGAACCUUUGGCACUGUUUAUCAUGGAAAAUGGAGAGGUUCUGAUGUCGCUAUAAAAAGGAUAAGCGAUCGGUGCUUUGUUGGGAAGGCUUCUGAGGAACAGCGCAUGAAAACUGAUUUCUGGAAUGAAGCUUGCAAGCUUGCAUCCUUGCACCAUCCAAAUGUCGUAGCUUUUUACGGUGUUGUUCUGGAUGGACCAGGUGGAUCUGUUGCAACCGUCACCGAGUACAUGGCUAAUGGUUCGCUUCGACAAGCAUUGCAAAGACAUGAAAAGAUAUUUGAUAGGCGUAGGCGUCUACUAAUUGUGAUGGAUGUUGCAUUUGGUAUGGAAUAUUUGCAUGGGAAGAAUAUUGUACACUUCGAUUUGAAGAGUGAUAAUCUGCUCGUCAACCUAAGAGAUGCCCAACGCCCUAUAUGCAAGGUUGGCGAUUUGGGCUUAUCAAAGGUUAAAUGCCAGACAUUAAUCUCUGGUGGAGUGAGAGGAACACUUCCUUGGAUGGCACCUGAGUUGUUAAAUGGAAGCAGUAACCUUGUUUCUGAAAAGGUUGACGUUUUCUCAUUUGGAAUUGUGAUGUGGGAGCUUAUAACCGGUGAAGAGCCUUAUGCUGACUUGCAUUAUGGUGCCAUUAUUGGUGGGAUCGUGAAUAACAACCUGCGACCUCCUGUGCCUGAGUCGUGUGAUCCGCAAUGGAGAUCGCUGAUGGAGCAGUGUUGGUCGGCCGAGCCGUCGGAGAGACCUAGCUUCACAGAGGUUGUCAAGAGGUUACGGGCCAUGGCGACUUCCCCUACCAAGGCGCAACCGCAGAAAUAGACGCCCUUAGCUUUGUACAUGAAUGAAGUGAAAGAUAGAGAAGAAAGCUGUAACGCUUAGAGUGGGGUUGGUUGACUACUUCAUGUGGUGCUUUCCCAAACCCGAAAGGCAAAUGUAAAAGCAUGUACACUAGGUGUCAUGACAACAGUUGUUGAAUCUGCUUAUAUAGGUUCCCCUGCUCUA